CUGUAAGCACGUACACCACCUCGCAUUGAGCUGUUUUCAUCUCUAUUCGUGUGCCAUCGCCACACCUGCUCAUGUAAGGGCAGCAGAUUGACAGAUCAGAUAGCACACCGGUCGGCUACUGUAUAUAAGAGCGCUGUAUUCAGGGAGGCUGACUGAUAGAAGGAAAAUAUAUUAUCUACUAAGUUUGCUCAUUGCUUCCUGGUGCAGAUUUUCUACUAGACAUCAAUGUGUAAAGGGCUCUCCAAUCUGCCAUCCUCAUGCCUGGAGAAGGCAAAAGAGAUGCGGGUGAAGUUAAGCCACCUGGCUGACCACAAGCACAAGGUUCAGGAUGGAAAAAUUCUUCAGGAUCUGGAAACUCUGCUGAACAACAAGAGUGGUCUGCAGGUGUUUCGUGGGUUCCUGCGUUCAGAGUUCAGUGAAGAGAACCUCGAGUUCUGGCUGGCAUGUGAGGACUACAGGCUUUCCCCUUCAAACCUGCAGAAGACCAAAGCCAGCAGCAUCUUCAGCCAGUUUAUCAACGCUGAUGCCCCGCAGGAGGUAAACCUGGACGCUGAGACCCGCGAGGCUCUGCUGAGUGUUGUAAACUCUCCGUGUGCCGACACAUUCAACAAGGCACAGCAGAGGAUCUACAGUCUGAUGGCCAAAGACUCCUUCCCUCGGUUUCUGCGCUCCAAUCACUGCCUGGAGGCUAUAAAGGCUUUCUAAAUAUUAUUACUACAGACCUGCUUUAGUUAGAAAUGCUGGUGAAUCUGUGCUCUUGAUAUGUUGAUUGUAUUUUAUCAGUUAUUCAAAAAGAAAUGCUUGUUUUAUGAUUGCAUUAACCACAAGUUUAUGCACUGUAUGCUGCUGUUACUCUAAGUAUAGUUAUAGAGUCAGAUAGUGGCCUUAAAGCCUCAUUGUAGGUGCAGAUGCCAAGUGUAAGCUACAAAUGACGUCCACAAAGGAUUCGAAUAAAUACCUCAUAAAAGAGA